GCAGUUCCGGGCGCUUGGUGGCAGGCUGGAGGUGCCCGUGCAGGCCGCCAUGGCGCUGCGCGCGGCCGUGUUCGACCUGGAUGGGGUCCUGGCGGUGCCCUCUUUGGCCAGCGCCUUCGGCCGCGCGGAGGAGGAGCUGGCGCUGCCCAGAGGCUUUCUGAAUGAAGCUUUCCGGAAAGGAGGCCCAGAUGGUUCCAGUGCCCGCCUCAUGAGGGGAGAGAUCACAUAUUCCCAGUGGGUCCCACUCAUGACAGCAGACUGCAGGAAGUGUUCUGAAGACUCUGGAAUCCGCCUCCCUGAGAAUUUCUCUGUAAAUCAGAUUUUUGGCAAGGCGGCUGCAGUGAGGAAGAUCAACCACCCCAUGCUUCAGGCGGCUCUUGCUCUCAGAAAGCAAGGAUACACAACCUGCAUCCUCACCAACAACUGGCUGGACGACAGUGCUGAGAGGGGCACCUUGGCCCAGCUAAUGUGCGAGCUGAGGCCACACUUUGACUUCCUGAUAGAGUCGUGCAGGAUCAGAAUGGCCAAGCCUGAUCCUCAGAUCUACAAGUUCCUGCUGGACACCUUGAAGGCCAGCCCCAGUGAGGUGGUGUUCUUGGAUGACAUCGGGGCUAAUCUGAAGCCAGCUUGUGACUUGGGGAUGGUCACCAUUCUCGUCCAUGACACAGACACAGCCCUGAGGGUACUGGAGAAAGUGACUGGGAUGCAGCUUCUCCAAGCUGCAGCUGCUCUGCCAAUCCUGUGCAAUCCCAGCGAUGUGAGCCAUGGCUAUGUGCCAAUAAAGCCUGGGGUGCGUAUGCAUUUUGUGGAGCUGGGCUCUGGCCCUGCUGUGUGCCUGUGCCAUGGAUUUCCUGAGAGCUGGUUCUCUUGGAGGUACCAGAUCCCUGCUCUGGCUCAGGCGGGUUUCCGGGUGCUAGCUCUGGAUAUGAAAGGCUAUGGAGAGUCGUCUGCUCCUCCUGAAAUAGAGGAAUAUUCCUUGGAAGUGUUAUGCAAGGAGAUGGUAACCUUUCUGGAUAAGUUGGGGAUCACUCAAGCUGUGUUCAUUGGCCACGACUGGGGAGGCCUGCUGGUGUGGACCAUGGCUCUCUUCUACCCAGAGAGAGUGAGGGCAGUGGCCAGUUUGAAUACUCCCUUCAUACCGGCAGAUCCCCGCGUACCCCCGAUGGAGAGAAUCAAAGCCAAUCCUGUUUUUGAUUACCAGCUCUACUUCCAAGCACCAGGAGUGGCUGAGGCUGAACUGGAACAGAACCUGAACCGAACUUUCAAGAGCUUCUUCAGAGCAAGUGAUGAGGCUUUUCUCUCUGUGAGCAGAGUCUGUGAAAUGGGAGGACUCUUUGUGAGAACCCCCCAAGAGCCCAGCCUCAGCCGCAUCGUCACCGAGGAGGACAUCCAGUUCUAUGUGCAGCAGUUCAAGAAGUCUGGUUUCAGGGGCCCCCUAAACUGGUAUCGAAACAUGGAAGUAAACUGGCUGUGGGGCUGCACAGCCUUGGGACGAAAGAUCCUGGUUCCUGCCCUGAUGGUGACCGCGGAGAAGGAUUUCGUGAUCACUCCGGAGAUGUCCAAGCAUAUGGAGAACUGGAUCCCCUACCUGAAAAGGGGACACAUUAAGGAUUGCGGACACUGGACACAGAUGGAGAAGCCCACCGAGUUGAAUCGGAUCCUCAUUGAGUGGCUGGAGACUGAUGGCAGGGACCCACCAGUGGUCUCGAAGCUUUAGGGUUUGGUGUGUGCCAGCCCCCAGCAGACCUUCGAGCCCUUCCUCUGUUGGGCUUAGAAUGCAGAGGAAGCCUUUCCAGCACCUCUUGUAACCGGCAGCAACAUUCUAAGGGGGCUUACUUCCAAGGGUGGUUUCCUUUAUGAAGAGAGUCAGGUCUGACAUAAUUUUAGAUGCAGGAAAAAUCAUGUGUGAUUCAUUUUCCAGGUAUGAAGGUGUUACUUUAUCUCUAAGAGCUAGUGUUCUAUAGGGCACAGAAAGGGGUUGGCCAGGGGUGAUUUCUCUUUGACUAACCAAUCAUGGCAUUGCAGCAAAAUCAGCAGUUAAUUUUGAAGCACGUUGGCUGAGAUUGGAACUCAUUGGUUUAAUAAAGUUAAAACAUCCCUGACACUGGCGUUUGUUCUGGGAGGAAGGCAGA